UUUGUGUGCCGUUAUUGGUCAGUGAUGUAGGAGGAUCCUUGACUUUGUUUUGUGUGUUUAAAUGUGAACAGGCUGAAAUGAGGCGCUCGUGUUCAGGCGUGUCGGCAGCAGCUCUCGUUUUCACUUCGCGUUUGGCGAUCAGCUGCUGACGGAACUGAUGUCGAACAUGGACGGACCUACACAAACCCCGAACCCCGAGGGCUGCUUCGAGCGGUCGUCCUCCACUCUGACGGUCGACGAUGUGUACGAAAUGGCCAAAGUGAUCGGCGCCGAAGUGGAAAAACUGAUCGACGGCUUCGGCAAAGACAGCGUGGUGGGUCUGGUGCCGAAAAUAGUCAAAGUUCUGGAGCUGCUGGAGAACUUCGCUUCCAGGAACCUGAAGGAAGAGGAGCUGCUGAAGACCUUCGAGACCUUACAGCUGCAGCAGCAGAAGAAAAGAGCAGCGAAAGAAAGCGAGGAGAGCGGCGACAAACGGGAGAUACAGGAGUUGCAACAGAAGGAGCAGCAGUGGAGGAGGAGGUGUGAGGAGCUGCAGGUGCAGGUGCAGCAGCUACAGGUGGACAGGGAGGACCUGCAGAACAGGCUGAAAGGCAGCCAUGCUCAUGAAGAUCGUGUUCAGCGGCAGGAGCGGGAGGUGAUGCUGAAGCUGAAGGAGGUGGUGGACAAACAGAGAGAUGAGCUGAGGGCUAAAGUCCAGCAGAUAAGCACCAUCUCCAAAGAAGCAGAGGCGCUUCAGGAGCAGCUGGAGCGUUUCAUGAAGAUGAAUGCGGAGCUGCACCACAAGCACAAUGCGCUGCAGGCCCAGCUCAAGAGCACCGUGGAGAGGAAAGCCGACAUGGAGGCCGACCUGAAAGAGAAAAUCAAAGAGAUCGAGAACUUCCAUGCACGUCUGGACAAAAGCAAGAGCAGCAGCAGGAGCAGCAGCAGCCCUCCCAGCUUACAACAGACGCCUCAGGAGGCGACGAAGCAGCCAAAUGCUGAACAGAAAGAUGCUGACCAGCCGUGCUUCACCAAGAAGGAGGUGCGCGACAUCAUCUUUGAGAGGAACGAGCUCAAAACCAACUUGUUUCUGGUGCAGGAGGAGCUCAGCUACUACCAGAGGCAGAUCGUGAACGAGGAGAUGUGUUCUGGCUUCCUGUUACAAGCCGUCAAAUCAGCCAUCAAAAAAAGGAAAACCAUCAUUAAAGCCAAAAUGCUCGGAAUCCCCGUGAACGAAUGCAGCAGUGAUGAGGAGGAGAAGAGUUGUCUGAAUGAGAGCACAGAAGUGGACGGACCUGACAAACCUGCCGGAUCACGCAUUAGAAACCUUUUUGGUUUCCUGACGUGGUCGGGCAGCAGCCAGAGUCCCACUCACACAAAUGACUCCCCGUCUACCUGGGAGCUCAUCGAAGACCGAGAGGUUGACAAGGAGGUGGAGGAGCAGCGGCGGCCGUCUUCCUGAUCUUGGUACUGACCCGAGACCUGUGAGAUCCUGCGAGUCCCUCAGUCUCCAUCAAAACAAGAUUUACUGUUGGCCAAAGAGCAAGAAACGAGGUCAGAGUGGAUCGUCAUUAUGCGACUGUGAGGAGCAAAAAUGUGUCGGUACUGACCAUUUUCAACAACUUUCUCACACUAUCAGGGCUCCACAUUGCCAUUUGCUCACUGGCCCGGCGGUGACUUGGCCCACUUUCGGGCCACUAUGGGCCAGUAAAUUUAUAAUAUAACUCAAUGCUAAAAUACCCUUGGCCGUACGAGAAUUGUCUUCUUUAUAAUUUGCAGUUCAUUAAUUUUUAAGAUUCUAUUGUCUUACGUACAGUUUGUACAUGUUCAGUAAAGCCCCUCUAUCAAUCGAUCAAUCACUCAAUCAGUCAUAAACAAUAUUUACAUUUUAACAGCGUCUGCAGGGGGGCAUGCGCGUGCAUGUAAAUGAGCUUUUGACAAGAGAGGAAAUUAGCUUUGAAUUAGCAGAAGUUAGUGCGCAUGCUAACGGCAGCUAAAUGUCUUCUAAAUCACUUCAGAGGUGUUUUUAGGUUCCAAAAACAGCAUUUUCAGUUUUAGAAGUGUUUAUUUCUUGCUAGCUUUUACAUAAUAUAUGAUAAAAGUGUUGUAUUUAUCAAAAAAUGAAGCAAAGUUAGCAGCUAGCGACACCAGGAAGUGACAACACCACUCUAAUAUUCGUGAGAUCAUACCAUAAAAAUAGGAAGAGAAUGUGAAUUUUUAUCCUCUUACAAUACGUCAAAGUUAGCCAUCUUUUAACUUGCCCAAGGGCCGUGUCCCAAGAAUGUUCCUGUAAAUUUGAAGACUCUGACAGCAAUAGAACUAGACUUAUGCUGAACACAGGCAGACGGACGGACGAAAAGCCUUCGUAAUACCCGAUGGCCAUAUUUGAUGGCCUUGAGUAAAAAUGAUGGCCCACUCGGGUCACUACAAAUAUUCACAAAAUUCAAAUUGUUUUACCAUUUUUUUCCGGCGGCAAAGUCAAAUUUCUUCACAUCUCCUUGUCAUCAAAAUUCAGUGAGUCCGACGUGUUUGUAAAUAAGAACGCUCUGAAAGAAUGAAACUCUAAUAUGUUUAAAUUACAACCACUCAAACCCAGGAAAAAGGUCAGUUCCAACUAAAAACAAAUUCAUUCACGGCACUUAAAUGGUAAGUGAAAUGUAAAAUAAAUUAAAUUAGUGCAUGCAGGGUCAGUUACAACUAAGCAAAAAUAAAAGGUUAAAUAGUAACAAUUUAACACUUUUAAUGUUAAUCUGCACAAGUCUUAUUGACAUGCUUAACAAUGAAUAACAUGUAAAUAAGUAACAGACAAAGUUAUAUACAAAUUAAGUUCAAAUAUAAACAUGUUCAAACAAAAACUGAAAU